GGCGCGGGAGAGCCUAAAAAAACCCAAACAAGAGUGUUCCUACGUUUGUAAAACCUGCUUAUUUUCUUACCUUGAAUUUUAGGAAUCUUUAUACCGUAAGACUCGUAAAAGAAGUGGAAAUACAAGCAUCGUGAUGGCUGAGGACUUCAGCCAGUCCCUGACUCCACCAGUUUCCCCGUUUCCAGCAGAGAGCCAGAGUGACCUGGCUCCCGCUCGGCCACCGUGCUUCUGCUGCUCUGAAGUGAAAGAUGACCCCACCGGGCCACUCCCCGCAGAGGGAUGUGUGGGGAGAGGUUCUCUGAAGCGGCUGCUGUUGCAUCUUGACCCGGCACCCACUGAACAUGAGUCAGACACGGUGGAGCUCUUUGGUUUCACCUGGAUAACAGAGACGGCUCUGGUGGAGUCUACAAAGUUACUCUUUGGUAUCUUAAGACAAAAGGUUUACGAGUUGGAGACUUCGGUACAAUCCUGCUCACAUGACUUUGGACAGGCAGGAAAUCUGCACUAUGAAGCCGAAGAUCUGCGACAACAGUGUGUCGAAUUUCUUCAAUAUGUUAAAGUGUUCUUGCACAGAUAUUUUGAGCCCUCUGGAUCCAUGGAUGAAGGCCACUCGCACCCGUUUGAGGAGCUGGAGCGUCAGCUCCCCUCCGCUCUCCUGGAGGAGCUGCUGGGUGUUACGCUCCUCACGGGUCGACUCAAGGACCUGCCUGCAAACGUUACAAGUGCUUUCAGUAUACAGAACCACGGAACGAUUUUUCCUCCCUCCUGGCAUCUAUUGCACCUUCACCUUGACUUACACUGGUCAGUCUUGGAGAUCCUGCACGUACUGAGUCACAAGAUGCAAGGCCAGGUGGUGUAUGCCCACCAGUUUGUAAACCUGACGGGAGAGAACCUGACUGACACCAGUCUGUUUGAGGAGCACCUGUGCGGCCUGCUCUGUGACCUCACAGGUCUGGCCAUGGGCAAAUACAGCAAGGUGAGGCCCACAGAGGCCUUGAGCAGCAGUCAUUAUCUCUGCAGCUGCACCAAAGAGCUCUGGGUCCUGCUCAUGCACCUUCUGGAACACAGGAGUAAAACGCAGCACAAGCAGUCUUUCUGGAGCUACAUGAACUCCCUGCUGAGGCCCCUGGUGUCGGGGAAGCCUGCAGCCGAGCACUUCAGUGGCCUUCCCACACACUGUAAAGACGCUCUGGGGUUCGCCUGGUGGCUGGUCACUCACCUGGCGGCGUUGGGCCAGUACGGUCGGAGCGGCGUCAUCCAGAAUGAGAAACAUCUGGAUGAUAACUGGACGUUUAUAGCAGAGCUGCUCAAGUAUACAUGUAACCCCAAGGACGGUCUCGCUGAGGAGCAGGUCAGGAUGCACGUCCACUGCUGCCUCAGUCUGUGUCUGCUGUGGGAGCCGAGCACCGCCGCCGUGUCCACGCUCUGGGAUUACUUCAGCAAGAACCUGAACGCCGUGUUCACGGUGCCGUGGCUGGGGAUGUCUGGCCUGGGCACGCUGUGCAAGACGCCCGUGGCCCUGCUGGAGCAGGCCCGCAGCUGCUGCCGUCCCCUUCCCCUCCACUCUCCGGGACACACCCAGCUCUACCGCUCUGCCAACUCCUUCCACAUCUUCCUCCGAGUGCUGGCUCUGUGCCUCGCGCAGGACAGGGCUGGUGGAGUCCCACAGAGACAGAUCAAGGGGAGGAUUUACUCCAAGUUCUCGUCGAGGAAGAUGCAGGAGCUGUCUGAAGCGGGCCUCAUGAACUUCCUGCUGCUGUUCCUGGUGGUGGCCAGGCAGGUGGAGCUGGAGGACGUGGCCAGCAGAGCCUGUGAGCUCCUCAGUCUUCUGCCCCCUAACUGCUCCCUUUCACAUCGCACGCUGGUCUGGAGAGGGCAGCUGUCUCUGCUGUUGCUUUUCCAGGAGAGAGGUCUGGAUGUUGGUGUGCUGGCUCGGGGCUUGGCCUUCGCUUUUAACGAGACCGCCAAGGAGUUCUACAGUAAGACCACGGAGGUCUCUCGGAGACUUCAGCUCUGGGGCCCGCUUGGCUCCUACGUGGAGGGCGUGGCCGAGGUGUUUGAAACCAGCCCCAGUCUCAGCCUGUCGGAGGAGAAGCUGCUCAACGAAGGGUUUGAUUGGUUGCUCCCUGCUUGCCGCCAGUCGGAGCUGAACUCUGCGCUGGGCUUUCUGCAGAACGUCCUUGCGCAGCUCAGACGGGUCCAUCAGCGCAGCGGCGUCCAGUCGGCACCCGCCCCGGCUCGGGCUCCCGCCGGCACCAGUGCGAUGAGAGAGCGCCACCUGGCGGUGGCCGCUGCCCUGUGGAGGCACUUCUUCCCCUUCCUGCGCGGCCUGCGCCUCUCGCAGACGCCCCCAGCACCGCUGGCAGACGCUGCUGCAGGGUUUACCCUGCUGGCCCUGGACAUGCCCAGCUCGGCCCCUCAGGACCUCCAGCCCAACCCGGUCCAGUCCAUCAUGCAGUCCUUCAGCUGGGACGACAUGGUCCACCCGCUGCUCGUGACCCGCUACCUUCCCCACGUGCUCCAGAACAGUGAGCUGGCGUCUUCUCUGAACGGGGGCUCCAGUGUCGCCGUGCAGGGGUCGGCGCAGGCCCUGUCAGUGCGAGCCUGGUUCAGGUGUGUCUUACAGCAACACCUGCACAAGAACCCCGAUGGGACGGACACCAGAGCAGGUCGCACCGUGGGGGAGCAGCUGUGUGAGCUGACCCGGCUGGUGCUCAGGCUCCCCGAGGUGGAAGAGAUCCUGCAAAGAGCCGGUUCCCAUCCCACAGACGCCAGAGCGGAGCCCACUGCAGCCCUGGAGAUGUUUGUCAAGGCUGUGGGCGGUGUGUACGCUGGACUGUCAGUCCUGUCCGAGCGCUCGGCCCUGGUAACCAGGGCCCUGGACUACAUCGGGGACAUCCUGAAACACAUCAAACCGUACGUGGUCAGCAAGAACCAGGAGGGCUUGCAGCUGGCGUACUGGGCCGUGGGUCUCAUAGUGAAGCACUGGAGCCCCCUGCUGGCCACGUCUAAAGCUCAGCAGCUGCUGUUCCGGAUCGUGGACAGUCUGCUGCUCCCCCACCACCUCCCCCAGCCGGACAAAGCUCUGAGGGACAACCUGCCCCUGUAUCUACAGGGUCUCUCUGUGGCCUCAAGUGUGUCUCAGUCACAGGGGGCUUACCUCAAGCAGCAGCUUCGCUCAGUCACCCGCAGGUAUCUGGACCAUUUUCUCCCUGCGUCCCCUGCGAUCGGCGUCAUCAGCAACCACCCGGUGCUGCUGGGGGCCUGCGAGACCAGCCCCACCGUGCGGGGAGCGGCGCUGAGGAGGAGCAUCCUCCAGGUGCUCUGUGAGAACUUCCUGCAGUUUAAGGGUCACGCCCCCCCUCCUCGCCUGGCGUCGGUCCUGAUGUUCCUGUUGGAGCUCCUGAGACGAAACGGCGACUCUGACGUGACGCUGCUGGUCCUGCCGCUCCCCCCUCUGCUGCGGUGUCUGAUGCUGGUCAACGAGCCACAAGUGAGGAAGACCAGCACGGAUGCAUUGCAGCUUGUGGUGGAGCGAUGUGCUGCUGCGUCUACAGAAGCACCGUGUGAGCAGAUGAUCACCGUCUUACGGUCCUUCGCGCAGGAGAACGAGGGAAUGUACGACAGGCAGGUGUACGGCGUCCUGGAGACGGUGGCCGUCUUGGAUCCCACCGUGGUCCAAGCUCUCGUUCCCAACCUGUCUGUGAGUCUGAGAAACUGUGAACACAAAAGAGGACUGGGCAAGAACAUCGCCUUGAGGAGUGCGUAUAUAAAGUUGCUGCGUCUCCUUGGAGACGGAGGGCAGGCUGAAAUAACCAGUCUGGAGAGCGACUAAGAUCCUCCAGGAAGAGGGCCAACUCCGGUUCUGGGGGUCACUUGUGCUUACUGAACUUUGGGCAUUUUUUAGCACAAGGUUGUAAAUAAUGUACAUAUAAUAUAAAAGGUUGAGCCUUACAGCUGAUUUAAGCAAAUGUUUUAUUAAUGAAAUAAAAUGUGACAAUAAAUGUGCUUCGAAGCCGGUCUACUUUUAUUUUGAGUUCCCUGGGAGAGUGAGGAAUGGGAGCUAUUAUGCCAGCUAUUAGAACCUGAUUUCUCUGGCUCUCUCAGCGGCAGCUCUGAUGACAGUCCUGGCUGAGACCAAAGAGUUCAAUAUAAAAAAGAGAGAGAAUCGGUGAGGAAGUACUGCUUGUUCCGAUCCUUUUUCCCUGUCGACUUUCUAAGUCGGGGCAAUCUCUUGCAAUUCAGCCUUAGUUUGCACGUAAUCACAUGAAGUCUCUCUCCUGUCUCCCACAAUCACCAAGUACCAUUUUCUGUCAUCGCUAGUCAUUUUUCAGCCUCAUCAAAAUGCAAUAAACGUUCUGAUCGGAGCAGCCUUCUGCUGCACGGUUUCCUGUUCUCCAGCACAGCAUCUGCACAGACAGCUAGCAGUGGACAGAUGCAUUCAAAUG